ACUGUCGUGCAUCGUGUCGCCACCGCUAUUUCCCCGGUUUUGCUAUUAUUAUUAUUAUUAUUAUUACUAUGGUUGUUGUAGUCGUGUGUGUGAGUGAGCGUAGCGUCGAGCCCGAGCGCGCGCGCCACGAGUGAGAGUGCGAGCGAGACCGACCGAGUGCGUGUGACGUCGGUGCGAGCGUGAGCGACGCUGCUGCGCUGCUGCGAGUGCGCGCGCCGGUAUAGAACGCGGUCGUACGAAAAUGGCGUCAUCGUCGCGCGACAGCGAGCCCGGGAAAACGAUGUCGUCGCACCACCACAAAUAUUCGUCGAGAAUCAGAACACGCAAAGAAAAGAAAACUUAUUCAGAAGAUUGGGCAUAUGGCGAUGAAGAAGAAAUUGAAGGUGUACGAUCUUUUAGUUUACAAGAAAAGCUUGACUCCACUCGUUAUUUAAAUCACAACUUUGUUAAACAAAUGGAUGGAAAAGAUUUUACAAUUUCGUAUCUUCAAAAAUAUGGUUUCAUAAUACCAUUAUUAUUUAAGGAUAAAACUGGUCUUGGAUUACAUGUCCCUAGCCCUAAUUUUUCUGUAAAUGAUGUUCGCACUUGUGUUGGUUCGAGAAGAAUGUUAGAUGUAAUGGAUGUUAACACACAAAAGAAUUUUGAAAUGACUAUGAAAGAAUGGACUAAGUAUUAUGAAGAACCAGUGAAGGAUAAGCUUUUAAAUGUGAUUUCUCUAGAGUUUAGUCAUACUAAGCUAGAAAACUACAUAAAGCGUCCUAAUAUUGUCCGAGAAUUGGAUUGGGUUGAUUGUGUGUGGCCUAAACAUUUGAAAGAGAGUCAAACAGAAUCAACUAAUGUCAUAGAUGAUAUGAUGUAUCCAAAAGUUCAAAAGUAUUGUUUGAUGUCUGUUAAAGGCUGCUAUACUGAUUUUCAUAUUGAUUUUGGUGGCACAUCCGUUUGGUAUCAUAUACUUAAAGGAAGCAAGGUUUUUUGGUUAAUACCGCCAACUGAACAAAACAUAAAACUUUAUGAACAAUGGAUACUGUCUGGUAAGCAAGGUGAUAUAUUUUUUGGAGAUACAGUUGAACAAUGUGGACGUGUAUCAUUGAAUGCUGGAGAUACAUUCUUUAUACCUACUGGUUGGAUUCAUGCUGUUUAUACUCCCAAAGACUCUUUGGUAUUUGGAGGGAAUUUUUUACAUUCUUUUGGUAUUGAGAAACAGCUUCGUGUUGCAGAAGUGGAAGAAUCCACUAAGGUACCUCAAAAGUUUAGGUAUCCGUUUUUUACUGAAAUGUUGUGGUAUGUAUUGGAACGUUAUGUUUAUUGUGAUUUGGGUAAGUCUCAUCUUACGGAAGGUGCGGAAAGUUCACCUGCACCAGUUGAACAUAUACAUUUCACUAAACAGGAGCUUCAUGGAAUUAAAGCAAUAGUACGAUAUCUGCAUAUUUUGCCAGCAAAUAAAAAAAAUGUUCCUCCUCUUAUCAAAGAUGCUAUUGAGUUGAUAAGAAAUGUGGCAAUUGUGAUAAAUAAACAUAAGAAUGACAAACCUGAAGAUGCUAUAAGUGGAAAACCGAUUCUUAAAAUUCAAGGAGACAAGGAAAGAGAAAGAAGGUUUUAUAAGACAGCUGGUGAUAUGAAUGCCAAAGUAAAGACUUCAAGAAAAACAGCUUCUGGAUCAGGUCCUAGAAGAAGACGUACAAGAUGUAAAAAAUGUGAAGCUUGUAAACAAGCUGAUUGUGGAGAAUGUUCAUUCUGUAGAGACAUGGUCAAGUUUGGUGGACCUGGUCGUGCUAAACAAACUUGUGUCAUGCGUCAAUGUUUACAGCCAAUGUUACCAAUAACUGCAGCUUGUGGAAUUUGCUCAUUGGACGGCUGGGGUCAACAAAUUAUUAUUCCUAUACAGAAAACAGCUAAAGAUACUCCUAGCCAACUUAUGGAAUGUAGUGUAUGCUUUGAAAUAGUACAUCCAGACUGCUUAUUAAAACAACCUGUAUUUACUAAUAUUGGUACUUAUAAUGAAGAUUUACCUAAUAGCUGGGAAUGCCCCAAGUGUUGCAAGGAAGGGAAAAAUUUAGAAAGCAAGCCCCGCCAUUUUCGUGCUAGACAAAAGUCGUCAGAUAUCCGUAGAACUUCUGUCAGCAGCAAUGACACUAAUCCACAAAAACGUUAUAAAGAUGAUGAAGAAUACAGUGAUACAAAUUCUGAAAGCGAUUUAGACAAUGUUUCAAAUAAAAGACUGAAAACUGAGAAAAAAGAAAACUUAUCUACGGAACGAUCACCACCUUUGCCUUCAACGAGAUGGAUGGAAGAACAUUCUAUGAAAAUGUUAAACCGUUCUGUCAAAGUCGAGGAGGCCCAUAUGUCAACGUACAACAACACCACCACCACCACUACUGCUACAACCAACGUAACCACCACCUCCAUGCCCGCCGCCACCAUCGUCGUCACUCCGUCAAUCGCGGAGCCGCCACCACCACCGCCGCAGGUGUCGCGCAAGAUCGAUUUACGUAAACAACUGGCCAGCCAACUGUCCGGCGGUUCGGGUAAACAUUGUAACGUACUUAAGAAACAGUCUUACGUGUCGAAACCAGUCAAAGGCGGCGGGAAUAAGUCUCAGUCGGCCGGACAAAAGUCACAAUCGGGUGGACAAAAGUCCCAGUCGGGUGGACUCAAGUCUCAGGUGGGCGGGCAGUCUCUAAGUGGCGGGAGCGUAAACGGUUAUCAGCAGCACAACAAUAACCACAACCACAGCAAUAACAAUCAUCACCACAACAGCAACAGCAGCAAUUACUGCGGGGACGCGGCGUGCAUGCUUCCGGUGUUCGAAUACUUGACUCCCGCCGAGCUGGCGAAGUGCGCGCUGGUGUGUCGCGCCUGGUCCGCAAUGUCGAUGGACCCGUCGCUAUGGCGCAAGCUCGACGUGACCGGCAAGCGGCUGACGGCGUCGUGCUUGGCGGGCGUGGUGAAGCGACAGCCCGAAGUGUUGCUGAUGGACUGGACGGCUAUCGCCAAGCGGCAGCUAGAGUGGAUGAUAGCCAAGCUGACCCGUCUCAAGGUGCUGUCGCUGCAGGGCUGUUCUUGGAGCGGCGUGACCGCGUUGCGCAGCAGCAGCGUAGUGCCGCCGUCGCUGACCGCGCUCGACCUGAGCUACGUGACCGGCAUGACGGACGCGUCGCUCCGGGACGUGCUGUCGCCGCCUUCCGACUCGCGUUCGUCGUCCAACGACAACACCAACCGUGCCCGGUUCCGGAACCUGCGCACCCUCAAGCUGGCCGGCGUGGACAUCGGCGACGUGUCGCUCCGGUACGUGGUGCAGUACGCGCCCAGCCUAGUCGAGCUGGACCUGUCCCAGAACUUCCGGAUCACGGAUGCCGGGAUAGCGCAGCUCACCACGCCCGUCGGCAACGCCGUGUCCACGCUCCAGGUGCUCGACCUGUCCGGUUGCGUGGCCGUCACGGACACGUCGCUCGAUCACCUGCUCAAGUGCACUGCUCUGCGCCGGUUGGACAUGAAGCAGACGCCCAAGGUCACCACGGCGGCGAUCAACCGGUUCCUCGUGGCCAACGACCGGUUUUCGGCCACCGAGACCCGGUUGUUGAUCAAGUGCCCCGAAUCGCCGACGCCGUUGCCGCCGACGUCGCCGACCGGAAGACGCGAUUCGACGGGCAGCAGUAGUUAAAAGGAGAGCGCCGACCGGCAGUUGCGCGCGCGUCGUCGAUGUGUAACCGUUAUACUAUAGUGCGGACGUCGCGUGAACCGCGGUGUCAACCUGGUCGACGACGACGACGACGACGACUGACAAACACGCGCUCCGACGUUCCGAUAUUAGCAUAGUAGUAAAAUAAUGUAUAAUUUGUAUAUUUUUAUAGUUUUUUUUCCAAUAAUAAAACAUGUCAGUUUUUCGUUUUUUCCGAUCUAUUUACGCGAAAAGGGUAAUUUCCUUUGGUUUUCCGUUUGAUAUUGAUUUAUGGUUUAUUAAUUAUUUGUUUUCGGUAUAGUGCCCGAUAGUAUUAUUUGGGUUGUACAUCACGUUUGGGGAGGUUUUUGGACUACUCGCAGUCGGCCCGGUACGGUGUAUGAAGAAUUUUUUUUUUUUUUUUUUUUACUUUGCGUACGUAUAACAUUUUCUGUAAUACGAUGAUGUUUAUUGACGAAAGACAAUCUCUUAACGGGUUCAUGCUCACCUAAUUUACAAUAUUCUAUUUCCGAUUAAUUUUUAGAACUUUGGAAUUGGUAUUUUUUUUCUACGUUCAUCAAAGACGUAAUCACAAUUUUACUAUAUAUUAUUUAUAAAUUAUAUAAAAUUAAAAAAAAAAAGACUGAAGUUUUGUUUGUAUUACCGUUAGUUUUAUAAGUAUUAUAUUAUAUUUUGCAAUCAAACGCGUAUUGUGACUGGUGUUUGUUGACCAUCAGGUGGUUUGCAAGUUAAUUUAAAAACUAAGCGAAAUUUAUUAAUAAUCGACAUUUUUAAUGAGCCGUGAUUUUUGUUUUAUUUGUAUUUAAAUUAUAAAUAUUUUUGACUGUAUUAAUUAUUUUUCUUUUUUUUAUCAUUGUAUUUUGAAUAAAUUAUCCAUGUAUGAAA